GGGCGGGCUUCUGUGUCGUGUCCCGGUUCCGUAGGCGGCGGCGGCGCGGAGCGGAGGGCGCUCGGGCCGGCGGGCGGCACCAUGUCCCCGGGGAGCGGGGUGAAGAGCGAGUACAUGAAGCGCUACCGGGAGCCGCGCUGGGACGAGUACGGGCCGUGCUACCGCGAGCUGCUGCACUACCGCCUGGGCCGCCGGCUGCUCGAGCAGGCGCACGCGCCCUGGCUCUGGGACGACUGGGGCCCGGCCGGCGCCUCGGACGACUCGGCGUCGUCGGCGUCGUCGGGCGCCGGGGGCCCCUCGCCCCAAUGCACCCCAGCCUCGCCGCCCCUGCCCGCCGAGCCCACGGCGCAGGAGGGUCCCGAUCCGGCGGCGCGCGGGGCCCCGGAGGAGCAGGGCGCGGAGGCCGCGGAGGCCGCGGAUGUGGAGGCCGCCGAGGCCACGGCUCUGCCAGCACUGCCAGUGAAAGAUGUAAAAGAAAAACCUGAACAACAGAUCGGAACAAAAGAGACUGACAAAGUACCCGACAGUAUCGGACCUCGACAAAACCAAAGUGCCUUAUUUGCUAGAGGAAAUAGGAAAGCAGUCAAAAGUCCUCAAAGAUCCUCAAGUAAAAUAAAAGAAAAUAAACAUCCAUUUGCUCUUUAUGGGUGGGGAGAAAAACAGACAGAUACAGGAAGCCAAAAAACACACAAUGUCUGUGCUUCUGCCCCAGUGCAUGAGAUUCACGAAUCAGCAUUACGAGCCAAGAACAGAAGACAGGUGGAAAAAAGGAAACUGGUUGCUCAAAGGCAGCGUGCUCACUCUGUGGAUGUGGAGAAGAACAGAAAGAUAAAGGCUUCUUCCUCAGAGAAUCCAUGGAUGACAGAAUAUAUGAGAUGCUAUUCGGCAAGAGCCUAAAGGAAGAAACGGUUGCUUGGACAGCCUCUCUUAAAAAGUGCAAAUGAAAGAAAGAAAAAACAGAGCAAAAACUAUCAAAAGAAAUCGGAUGCAGGUUUAAGAAACAAAGUGAUUAUGCAAGGUUUUUCCUAGGGAAUUUCUAAAAGAUUGUUCUAUUUUGAUGAAUCUUGGUCACCUACCUCAGCAGUAGGGCGACAGCUGAAGCCAUAGACAUUUGGUUAUUUAUGAAGAUAAUUCCCUAAAUCUUUGAUAUUCUUAUAAGGGUUUUGUUUUAAAGCAUCUUAAUCUUUUAAGAUACUGACACCAAAUGCCUUUAAGUGGCUAUAGAUGCUUAAUAUUCAGUCUUCUUUUCGUAAGUUUAGGUGGAGCCAAUUUUCAUCCUGUUCUGAAUAACUUUUCAGAUUCCAUAGUGAGGAAGAGCAUUCCAACUUGCAGCAGCAGACUCAUUUUCUGUAUGUGGUUUUCUUUGUGAAAGAAUAUCAAGUCAAAAGUGAGUUUCGACGUUAAUCUUGAUUCCGUGUAUAGUGACACUAGACCUUUGGUAGUUCCUGAAAGAUUAAACUUACUGUGUUUUGGUUCAGCACCACUUCAUGUAGACUAACAUUUAAGAAUUAUCUGGGCUGGGUGAGGGUCAUCUUGUUAAAUGACCAUCUGGGCACUUAAGAGUUUAAUAGUUGAAAUGCAUUCCGAUAAAUGAAGUGCCAGUGCAGUGUGUUUAGAGUAGUACUGAAGUUUCUUUUGAGUCAAAGACUCACUUUUUUUAUUGUGAGGUAUUUUUUAGAACACAUGGGGUAUCAGUCACUGGCUGCAGUCUGGCCUUUUGGUGCAUACCCACUGUGGACUUUUGCCUCUUCUAUAGUAGUUGGCAAUGACAUUUAGAACUUAAAAUCUGAAAUUCCAUUUAAUAAAAUUGAGAUUGUCUUGCUUACUGUGGAUGGGGGACAAAUAUUAAGAUACCCAUUAGAGAUGUGGCCUACCCUUAAUUUCUCUACUUUUUCCUUUACAGAACUAAGAACAAAGCCUUGAUGAUGUACAUUAUUCAGACUUUUGGUUGAAAUACAUUAUUCCUAGAUUCCCAGCCAGUAGCUCUUAUAUAGAACUUAAUGAGAGAGAAUGGUGGUGUGUGUAUAGGCACAAAUGUAAUUCUGUAAAUGAAGUGCUCAUUCUAUUUAGUGCAUUUGCUUUUGGGGUAGAAAAAUGGUUUAAGCAUCACUGGUUUCCAUCCAGCAGAGAAAGGAAUAUCCAGGAAGAUGAGUGCUAAGUUCUCUGUAAGAGAGAAGGUGGUACUUUGCCGAUUCCAACCUAGCCCUGGAGAUACGUGAGUGAAAAUUUGGUCUUUGAUGUGAGGUUGAGCGUUUCCUUGAUAUUUUUACUCUGGGUCUUUGAAGUAUUAUGGUCAAUUUUUAGAACACAAAUAUGUUUUAUUCCAAAUAAAAUCUUUACACAGUGUCAUCUUAAAACUGUAUUAAGCUUUGAAAACAUCCUGAAGAACCAUGAGCUUUCUCUGUUUUUUAAAAAAGACUUUUUAAAUAUUUUGCAUCAUUUUGAGGUGAAUUGUCUUACAUAGAGAGCUCUCCUAACCAUUCAGAUGUAUAUUUAAUAAGAGGCAGUUCUAUGUGUUGUCCAAAACAACCUUGCUAGUAAUUCUGGUGAAUUUUGCUGUUAUUAAAGUCCUUAAACAUCGCAGGUACCUAAAGAUCAAAUUACUGUGGCAUCGUGAUUGUGUAGCUGAUUGUGAAAACAGUUCCUUUAGAGCCACUUCUUGCAUGUUCAGUUUUAACCAUCCAGCUCAAGCGAUCGUGUUGCAUCUGACAAUCUUAGGGAAGAUAGCCUUGGGGAGUAGGUUGGGCCCCAGACCAAUGGACUGCCUUAGAAACCCGACCUCCUCUAGGCUUUGAAGGAGCCAGACUUUCUCUCUAGAAAACAGACUUAUAUUUAAUGUGCUUACUACGGAAAAUUCCAGGUGGAGAUAAAACCUAGAAGGCAAUAUUGACCAAUUUUCCCCCUUUUUAAGUAGAGGACAAAUGAACUGGGUUUUAAAGUACCCUUAUGUGCAUGAAUGACGGGUGAAUCAACAGGAAGUAAGCCCUCUUCUUAUGUCCGCGUCAUUAGUCAGCUAAGUUUUCUUUUCUUUUUUUCUCUUUAGGGAUGAAAAUUACCUUUUGAGCCUAUGAAAUUUUUUAAGUUGUAACAAUUUGAUGGUUUUACCUUUUCCUUCUCAUUCUGGAAACUAAUGUGGUUGUAAUCAUGUUCCUAAUUCUUGGGACAACUUGCAGGACAGCAAGAUAGUUUAAAAUUACCUUUCACGUUGAAAAGUUUGAAACUGUUUGAGAAUCCAGUGAUAUUUAAAUAUAGAAUAAAAUACUUACUAUAUAAGACUGUCUUUUUAAAAUUUUGGUUUUAAGUUCUUAAUUAAAACAAUUUGUCAUACA